AUGCUUACCACUGGACUGUUGGCUUGCAGCCUCAUCGGGCUGGUCGCAGGCCAAUUCCCACCAGAGCCAAAGGGCGUAACAAUACUUAAAUCCAAAUUUCAUGAGAACGUGACAAUCUCAUACAAAGAGCCCGGCAUCUGUGAGACUACGCCUGGCGUACGGUCCUACUCAGGUUAUGUCCACCUACCACCAGGCAUCCUCGAUGAUGGCAGUGGAGAGGUUCAAGACUACCCGAUUAAUACUUUCUUCUGGUUUUUCGAAGCCAGGAAAGAUCCUCUGAAUGCUCCGCUCUCAAUCUGGCUUAAUGGAGGUCCUGGUGGUUCAUCCAUCAUGGGCCUGCUGGAAGAGAACGGCCCUUGCCUGGUAGGGCCAGAUUCCAAGACCACCUAUCUCAACCCGUGGAGUUGGAACAACGAAGUGAACAUGCUGUACCUUGACCAGCCAACUCAAGUUGGGUUUUCAUACGAUAUUCCCACAAACGGAACAAUGACUCUUCACGAGGAAGGGGAGGAUAAGUACUUCGCAAUGAUUCCUGAGAACUUCACCGAGGUUCCAGAGGCCAAUUUUACAAGCUAUCCCGGCACGUUUUCAAGCCAGGACACAGCCAAAACAGCAAAUACGACAGCAUUUGCCGCACAUGCCCUUUGGCACUUUGCUCAGAACUGGUUCUUUGAGUUUCCGCACUACAAGCCGAACGAUGACCGUAUCAGUCUUUGGACUGAGAGCUACGGUGGACAUUACGGUCCUGGCUUCUUCCAAUUCUUCCAGCAGCAGAACGACAGGAUCUCCAGUGGGAACUCCACCGAGGAAGGCGCACAGUAUAUCCACCUCGAUACUCUAGGGAUCGUUAAUGGGGCGUUAGAUCUUGUCAUUGCUGGAGAAGCAUGGAUCAGCUUUCCUUACAAUAAUACCUAUGGGAAACAAGUUUUCAACGAAUCGCUUUACAAUGAGUUGAUGCAUGAGUGGACCCGCGAAGGUGGCUGCAAAGAGAGAACAGUAGCCUGCCAGGGAGCGUUGAAGUACCGUGAUUCGCCAAACACCGGAAGCCAAGGUAGUAACUGGACAGAAGUAUGUAAGAGCAUGUAUGAGGAUUGUGUUUUCCCUGCUGUCAAGUUCUAUAACGAGCUCGACGGAGGCUGGUUUGACAUCGGCCACCAGUCGGCAGAUCCUUUCCCGCCUCCUUACAUGUACGGGUAUCUCAUGCAGGAGUCCGUAUUAGAAGCACUCGGUGUUCCAGUUAACUACAGCUCAAGCUCACAUGCCGUUGCCGAGAACUUCGAAAGGACAUUCGACAUGGUGCAUGGUGGCUUCCUUGAGGCUGCAGGAUAUCUCCUUGAUAGCGGCAUCAAGGUGCACAUGAUGUACGGAGACCGAGACUAUGCGUGCAAUUGGGUAGGCGGAGAGGCAAGCAGCUUGGCAAUUCCGUACAGCCACGCGGCCGAGUUCGCUGAUGCUGGCUACUCGCCGCUCAUAACCAAGGGCGGUUUUGACGGCUUGACCAGACAGUACGGAAACUUCAGUUUUACGCGGGUGUUCCAGGCAGGCCACGAAGUACCGAGCUACCAGCCAGAAGCCGCGUACGAGAUCUUCAUGCGGGCAACCUUCAAUCGCGAUAUCCCGACGGGUCUGCUACCCGUCACGGACGACUUCGCGACGAUUGGACCAAAGACGGUGUGGCAUGUCAAGAACACCCCGCCGGAGAAGCCUGAGCCGAGAUGCCACGUGCUGAAGCCUGAAAGCUGUGUGCCUGAGGUCUUGGAGAAAGUCAAGGCUGGGAAGGUCGUCGUCAAGGACUGGUUCGUUGUGGAUUUAAUCGAGGAUAAGGACGCUGACGCAGCAGCCGGGAAGGACUGGCAGGACCAGCAAGUUUUCGGCGAGCUGUGA